CAUAUUGAAAGCUUAUUUCUAUUGGCUGCUCCGGUAUUAUUUUGGCACACGUAUCCGGAAAGCAUGAGCAACGAAUCAACCUCGUGAAAAUCAGGAGAGGAGAGUAAACAGUAAUGAUGGCUGAAAGCGCGAUGGACGGCGGCGAAACGAACGGGAAAGAUGAACAGAACGAGGGUAAAGAUGGAGAAGAUGCAGGAGUUGGUGGUUUGAGUGAUGCCCAGAGAGAGGUGCUGGAGAGGUGUCUUCAUGCACUCAAACACGCCAAGAAUGACAGUCACAUACUCGCUGCACUUCUUCUGAUCACUCGCCUGUGCCCUGCAAACCAGUUGGACCAAUCCACUCUGAGGCGUAUUUUUGAAGCAGUUGGUUUGAAUCUUCCAGCUCGCCUCCUGGUCACAGCCAUCAGAGGCAGCAGCGAGAGCUCGGGUCUAGCCCCAAAUGAGCUCCUCUCCCUGGGCACCGCCCUCCUGGCCGCCCUGACCACUGAUCCGGAAAUGGCUUACAAACCACAGCUUCUCACCACUAUCCCCAUUCUACUACAAAUCCUGUCCAACCAGCAAAAGCAAGAGGACAACAAUCAGGCUGGAGAAACUAUGGGAAGUCUGAGAGGGCAAAAUUCAGAAAGCAAUUUUGUAAAAAGUGAGCAAAAUGGAGAUGGCGCCAGCACACAAAAUGGUCAAUCUACAACUCAGUCUUUCACUAAAAUUGAUGAAGCUAUUGCUGCAGACUGCUACCAGGUUUUGUUUUCAGUUUGUGCUUUACCACUUGGUCCUGAGCAGCUUUUAAAUCGUGGGGCUGUCCGUGCAUUGUGCCAAGCUGUGGAACAAAACCAGACUUUAAGCCACGAGAAGGGAAUUCCACUUUUAGGAUGCCUGCUUUCUGGAAAAACUAAAGAAAAAGCGUGGAGCAAGAAUCCAGCUGAACUGUUUAACUUAUUGACAAAGCUGACAAAGAAUUUCACACAAACUUCAGAGAAAGACAAAUUAGAAAUGUGCACUAAAUUGGUUCAGUUUUUGCCUCCGAUUGGAUCAAAUCUAGAAAAUGAAAAAUUAAAAGACAUUGCAUGUCAAAUUUGGGGAGUUCUAAGGCCGAUGUUACAGUCCAAGUUGACGCCAAAGCAGAUUGGUCCAGUGUUGGUGCUGGGGGCUUGCCUUUUGGACGUGUGUGGAUGGGAGGCAGUAGGACCGCCUAAGUUCUGCUGUUUGUUGGUGAAUCGCGCCUGUGUGGAGGUCAGGAUGGGCCUUGAGGAACCACCAGGAAACCAACUCAGUCCAGAGACACAGCAGACACUCACCGGCUGUUACCGCAUCAUGGAGGCGGCCAUGGAGCAGGCCUGUGUCACAGGGACCAGUGCCCCAGCACAGGGCACUGUCUCUGGGCUCAGUCUGCAGCAGAGCAGGCAGGUCCUGGAGGUCCUGCAGGAGGCUUUCUCUGCUGUGAUCUACCACCUACAACAGGUGGAUCAGAGUCGCUAUGGAGACCCUUUUAUUUUUGCCACUUUCCGCUCACUGUGCUCGUGGCUGGCUGAGGAGACUUCCUGUUUGAAGGAGGAAGUGACGGCCCUGCUGCCCUUUCUGAUUGGCUACUGCAGAAGUCACAUAAAUGAUGAUGGCGAGCAAACAGGUCUCUCUGAUUGGAUGAACCAGUCAGUGAAUGGAGAGCGAGCAGGUUGGACUGGGAAGGAACCACUGAGGUAUCUGCUCCCAGCUCUAUGCCACCUGUCAGCUGAGGACAUACCCAGGAAGCAGCUCCUCUCCCUGGACACCCCGCAGCUCCUCGUGGGCUUCCUAUCUCAGUCUUGGAGCUUUCUAAAGGAACAGUCUCCAGCUCAGAGAGACCCCAGUCUGGAGACUGCCUGCUCUGCCCUGCUCAACUUCACUGUCACAGAGCCCCAACGAGUCAGGAGUGACCCCUGUUUCCGGGUGCUGGAAACCCUGUUGAGUGAAGCUCUUCCUGUUUUGGUGCAUAAACCGAGUCUGUUGGUUUUAGCAGCAAACUUCUGCACUUUGGGUCUAAUGAUCGGACGACUCAGGAAUAAAACCGACUCUGUUGACUCCUCUCACCGCCGCCUGCUCUCCUGCUCUCUCCGCUUCCUCCGCGGCACACUCACCCCUGGCUCUGACUCGUGCCCAGCGACGGUGAGCCCUGCCUGGGGUCGCUGCUGGGACGAGGUGGCCGAGCUCUGGAGGCUCUCUGUCCAGGCUUUGGGCAGCUGUGUGCGGACUCAACCGUGGAUCAUCUCCCUCAUCCGAGACGAAGGCUGGUUAAAGCAUAUGCUCACCACUUUGGGACAGUCCACAGCCCUGCCCGACGAAGAUACACAAAACGCCCUGGAGGAGGCGCUGUGUGCUGUGGCCGACCAGUGUCAGCUUUGUAAACAGGAAAUCCACACUGCCAUGAAAACUGACAAAGGAGGGUUGAGCUGUAUGACCAAUCUCAAACGACUAGCAGCUGCUAAAUAAUUCUAAAUAUGAAAUUAAAGCAUUCAGAAAGACAAAGUAUGCUAUUGUCAUUCUUCAUAUCGCCUGUGAAUCUGUAAAUUAAAAUGGUAAAUAAUGCAAUUAAUAAAGAGCUAUUUUAUCAGAAAA